AUGACAAGCCCUCUGAGUUCGCCACCUCCUGUGGCAUCGCCCAAGCCUGAUUUGUUAUGCGACAUUACUGAGGACAGUCUCAUCAGGGAAGAGCGUGAAGCACGUGAUGAGAACAGAAAGGAAGAGGAGAAAAGAAUAUUGGCGGCUCGGAAACCGAGGAAAAAAAAGGCCGAGACCAAAUCGGAGCGCGAGGCCAAGGCCCGAGAGCUGGAUGAGUUGCUGAUGAAAAGCGCGGCUUUCAGUGAUAUCCUCACCAAGAAGACGCAAGCUCUAGGACGAGUCGGGAGUAGCCUCGACGGAAAGACGCUGGGAGAACAUAAUCUGCAAAUGGCGAAGCAGCCCGAGUGCAUGGUGGGAGGGACUAUGCGGGACUACCAGUUGGAAGGCCUAACUUGGAUGUUUGAGAUUUGCUGUCAGGGCAUGAGCGGGAUUCUUGCCGACGAGAUGGGUUUGGGCAAAACCGUCCAAACCAUUGCUUUGAUCGCACUGCUCCGUGAACAGGAGAAUUACCUCGGGCCUCACCUCGUCGUCGCUCCGUUGAGCACGCUGUCGAACUGGAUGGACGAGUUCCACAAGUGGACUCCAUCAAUCCCCGUCAUCAUGUAUCAUGGGAACCAAGCUCAACGCGCGAAAAUUUUCCAGACCAAUAUGCUCAAGAACCUAAAAGGUGGCAGGCCAACGGCCAAGUUCCCGGUGGUUUGUACCUCGUAUGAAAUGGUUUUGCGAGAUCAGCAUAACCUGUCCCGAAUCCAGUGGGAGUUCAUCAUCAUCGACGAAGGACAUCGGAUGAAGAAUGCAGAAGCCAAGCUUUUCCAGCAAUUACGGCAAUUCUCAUCUGCGACUAGAUUGCUCAUUACUGGUACUCCGCUACAGAACAACUUGAAAGAGCUCUGGUCAUUACUUCAUUUCUUGCUGCCAAACAUCUUUACUGACUGGGAAGCAUUCGAGUCGUGGUUUGACUUUUCCGAUUUGGAGGAUGAGAGAGGCGCCGAAGAAUUCAUUGCCGACCAGAUGAAGCAGGACCUGGUUAAAAAGAUCCAUCUGAUCUUGCAACCCCUUCUGUUGCGCAGAAUCAAGCAGGACGUUGCGGCGUACCUGCCUAGAAAGCGGGAAUAUGUCUUGUUCGCGCCAAUGACGAAGGAACAGACGGAUCUUUACAAUGUCUUCACCAACAAAGAGAUUGAUACAAGGCAGUACCUUGAACAGAAAGUCCUGGACAAGGUCAAUAGCGCAAUGGCAUCGCGCAGUUCAACUCGCGCAUCAUCGCGAUCUAGCAGUCGCGCGGCAGCGGCGGCCAAGAAGAAUGAAAGCACAAACGGAAGCACAGUCUCUCUUGCCGUGCGGCAAAGCCCUCGCGGCAAAAAAAAUGAAACCAAGCCAACGUGCUCGCUUCCAAACGCUUUCAGCUUGAUGAUGGGGAAGCGCGCAACUAGUUCGCCCGUCCAGGGCGAUGCCCAGAAGACCGCCAAAACUCCAGCAAAGCAGGCUGCGAAGAGGAAAAGUCCGCCGACGUCUGUGAGAUCUGAUAGCAAGAGCGCCAGAUCAAGCCGCAACUCAACCCCAGCCAGCACGCGUGGGAGACCGCGGAGGGGGAAGACAUACGAAGAGGCAGACUCGGACGAGGAAGAUGCCCUAUCGGACGAUGCAUUCGAAGCCAAGCUCGCAGGCGAGAUGGACAGAGAUGGUGACGUCGAGGAAGAGCUUGAUGAACUCCAAUCGCCAGAAGAAGUGGAAAGAGCGCAGACAUUAGAACUUGCCAAAAAACAACUGGCGCAGAAGAAACUGGGAAACCCCCUGGCCCAGUUGAGACUGGUGUGCAACAGCCCUCAUAACUUCUACAACCCCUGGGCUACAUGCACCGAUGUCCCCGUCGACGAAUCCAUCAUCACUUCUUCAGGGAAAAUGCUGCUUCUCGAUCGACUCUUGCAGAAGCUAUUCGAGAGGGGACACAAGGUGUUGAUAUUCUCGCAGUUUAAAACCCAGCUGGAUAUCCUGGAGGAUUAUAGCAGGGAGCUCCGAGGCUGGAACGUCUGCCGCAUCGACGGGUCCGUCCCACAGGACAGCCGUCGGCAACAAAUACACGACUUCAACAACGACGCUGACUACAAUCUCUUUCUGUUGUCAACCAGGGCGGGAGGCCAGGGCAUCAACCUGGCAUCAGCCGACACCGUCAUACUGUAUGACAGCGACUUUAACCCUCAGCAAGACCUUCAAGCGCAAGAUCGGUGCCACCGCAUCGGCCAAACUCGACCGGUCAUUGUGUAUCGCCUCGCCACGAAGGAUACAGUUGAAGAGUCCCUCCUCAUGUCAGCAGACGCCAAGCGCCGUCUGGAAAAGCUCGUGAUAAAAAAGGGAGGGUUCAAGAGCAUGGGCCAGAAGAUGGAAAACAAGGAACAGCUUGACGCAGAGACGCUGCGGGCUUUGCUGCUGAAGGAUGGCCAGGUAUAUGAGGCAUCGGGAGGUGAUGAGAUUCUGAGCGAAGAGGACAUUGAAUUGCUGUGUGAUAGAUCGGACGAGGCAUACGAUAGAGCGGCCAGUGGUCUGGGUGAUGCGGACGGGUACCGUGUGGUUGAGACGGGUGCGGAUUCUAUCAAGAUGGCGAGAAAGGAUUAG